CACAGCCAGGCGACUUGAUCUUUUUAAGCUCACUUCGCGUUCCAUGUCUUGCUCGCGAGCAUCACAUCGAGAGUGCUGGUUGAUGAGUUCGAAUUUGAUGACUUGUGACGAUCAAUUGGGACAAAAUCGGUGCGGAUCAGUGGCGUGGUGCACUUGUGAUGGAUUACCUUUCCCCAACUCCGAGAACGUAAUUUCGAAAUGCAAGGGGUGCUCUUCAUGCCGCAGAAUCCACAGCAGGGCUCGCCGCCGCCAAACAACGCUCUAGUAACCGACAUUACCAUGGAGGUAGAACCCGAAUCAACGAAACAAUCCCCAACGAACCAAAGCACCCAAAGCGACUCUGGCAUCUUCUCCGCCACCAACACCACCGCCACCAUGGACCCCUGCGACACCGACAACCGCAGCGACUGCAGCUCCCCCGAGCGCAAAUACGUCUGCCCGAUCUGCGACACCAUGCUGACCUCCCAGCACGAGUUCACCCUCCAUAUCCGAUCUCACAACAACGAAACGGAGGCCCAGGACGACAAGGGCUUCACCUGUCGCAUUUGCUUCAAAGUGCUAAGUUCCAGCUCGAGCCUGGACCGCCACGUGCUGGUCCACAGCGGCGAACGCCCCUUCCAUUGCCGCUACUGCGGCGACACCUUCACCACCAACGGAAACAUGCACCGACACAUGCGGACACAUUCCCACAAAGCGGACAACUACGAAUCCGACGCCAGCACCGACAGCGGAAGCUCCAAAAGCACCGAAUUCAACAACAACAAAGUCGAAUCGAAAAAACGCAAGCUGGAGGCGAGCGACCACGCGAAUAAGCGAACGGAGAACGCGAGCGAUUGCGAAAGCCAGUUCUACAAGUGCCCGGUUUGCGAACGCACCGACUUUGACUCGAUUGUGGCGCUGGAAGCGCACCUGGAGGACAAUCACCCGGAUUAUCCCGCCAAAUGUGGGCAAUGCAACCAACUCUUCCAAAACAACAAACUCCUAACUAUCCAUCGGAACACUGUACAUUCCAGCGGGAAUAAAAGACACACAGUUGCCGGGUUCAAAGACUUGACUUUUGUCGACUUUUCCAGCGAGAAGUUUCCAUAUAUCGCGCGGUACGAAUGCGAGAAAAACCUACACACGGCUUCCGACGGACUCACUUUCCAGUGCAAGACCUGCACACGGGCGUUUCCCUGCUCCAGCUCGCUGGAAAUCCACCAGAAAGACUGCCAGAACCAAUACAAUGGGCUUGACUUGACCAAGACGCAAGUCUCCGACAAGGAAAUCCGGCGGAACGAGUUUUUCGCCAGAUUGAACCUUCAGGACAAUUCGCCGGAAAAGUUCGUCCCUCCGCCACAGAUCAGCGAAACUUCGACCAAACUCCGACAGCAACUUUUGGCGAAAGUUAUGACCAAUGACUCGAAGGAUCUGGCGGACAUCCAGUCCAUUAUUUCGAUGACUACGAACGGUAGUCUCUUGCAACAACUCCAGACCAAGAGCGAUUUGGCGCAACAAGAGACUCAAAGGUCGGAACAAGAGGAGGAAUCUCAGGAUUUGUUCGCCGUGGAGUUUCGCAAAAUGAAGCUCCGGGGCGAGUUCCCGUGCCGUCUCUGCACGGCGGUUUUCCCGAAUCUGAGGGCCUUAAAAGGGCACAAUAGGGCCCAUCUUAAUGGUAAUAACAAUGGGAUGUAUCGCUGCAACAUGUGCCCACACUCAUCCAUCGAUAAAGCGGCGCUGAUCAGACACAUGAGGACCCAUAAUGGGGACAGACCGUACGAAUGCUCUCUCUGUAACUACGCUUUCACCACCAAGGCCAAUUGUGAGCGGCACUUGAGGAACAGACACGCCAAGACAACACGUGAGGAGGUCAAGAAAGCUAUAAUCUAUCACCCGUCGGAAGACCCCACCAAUGAGGAUUUAAACAAACUGGCGGAACCACGCAAAAGUGACUUGGUACCAACCCCUGAGAAACACAAACCUGAGAUAGCGCCCCUAAUUCCCACUUUACUCAAGGAGACACUCAAUGUCCCCCUCCCUAAGGAACCUCCCCUUUUCUCAAACAUCAUCCGGAGCGAGAAUUUGAAAAGUUUGAAGGAACACAGGACUAAUGGGCAAUUUUCGCCCUAUUUGCCGCCUUACAACUUCACACCAAAACCUACAAACGUCUCAACCCCCCAUUCAAAAAUCCAGGUCAAGAACCUGGAGGAGCUGAAGGAGCCCUCCGACUUGGAGGAGGAGCAGGAGGAGGAACCAAUGAACUUGGUCCUUGAUUUGAGCAAGAAGAAAGAGGUCAAGCCGGAAGUACCGCAAGACCUGUCAAAGAAAACCCCCCCGUUGCAAAUGCGCGAUUUAUUCGCCCAACAGUUACUCAAAACUCCGCCAAAAAUCGACCCUGCAACUCUCUACGCCUCGAUUUACCGCAACACCUUCCCGGGAUUCCCCGGCUGGCCUUUAAACCCGCUCCUGUUUUCCUCCCUCCAGACCCCGGUACUCCCCCCGGAGUCGGACAUGAAGGAGCGCUUGCAGCGCUUCCAGUUCUGCGGCGGCUCCAUGAUCAGUGACAACUUCAGGAUGCAAACCCCCAUCGAACUGAAGAAAACCGAGCCUUUGAGUCUCAACGUGGAGGCGAACUUUGGCGACAACUACAAGUUGCAAAGUCCGGUCGCGAAGCCCGACCUCACCCAGUCGCCCAAUUCGGUCAAGAUGGUGAUCAAGAACGGGGUUUUGAUGCCGAAGCAGAAACAGAGGCGGUAUCGGACCGAACGUCCCUUCACCUGCGAGCAUUGCUCGGCUAGGUUUACGUUAAGGUCGAACAUGGAGAGACACAUCAAGCAGCAGCAUCCCCAGUUUUGGUCGCAGCGCCAGAGAGGCGUGAGCAACCCGGGGCGCAAAAGCCAGAUGAAGAGUUACUGUGAUCUCAGUAUACCAAACUACGAAGUACCAAAGAGUCAGGAUUAUGACGAUACCAAAGAACACAUGGAGGAGAAGUUGAAGUUUGCGAUUCUGGCGCAGCAUUUGAGGGUCGGGCAGGAGGUGAAGAAGGACGAUGAUGAGGAUGGGGCGCUUGUGAUCGACGAGAAUGCCGAGAAGGCCGAAAAGACUGAGGAUAGUAGGUGUUACGAGACGGGGUUUGAACGGAGUAAGAUUCUCGAGGAGAAGUUGCUAGAGUUGCGUGCGAAGCAGAUCAAGUCGGAGAAGGUGAAGAAUGAGGAGGAUUUGGUGCCGGUGUCCAGGCUUCUGGAUAAUGCGUCACAACAACAGUUCAAGGAGUAUUUCAAGAGAGAGGGCGAGGAGCCGGAGGUUGGAGGAGCGAGUGAGGAGGAUGAGGAAGGGCUAGUGGCCAGUGGGAGCACGAGCGAAGGGAACAUCUCAGGAACGGACGAAAAUAAAUCCGAGUCGGAGACCGCCGCCCCCGCCAAGAAGAAGUCCGCCUACUCCAUGGCCCCCAACCGCGUGAGCUGCCCCUUCUGCAGCCGCAAAUUCCCGUGGAGCUCUUCGUUGCGCCGCCACAUCCUCACCCACACCGGCCAGAAGCCGUUCAAAUGCAGCCACUGUCCUCUCCUCUUCACCACCAAGUCCAACUGCGACCGCCACUUGCUGCGCAAACACGGCAACAACGCCACCACCAUCACCAACGACGCCGUCAACAACAACACCAACUAUCUGAUGCGCAACGUGCCCGAACGCCCCUUCAAGUGCUCCAACUGCCCCAGCAGCACCUUCUCCACCUACUCCAACCUGAAGAAGCACAUCAGCUGCAAGCACUCCGGCGACGACAUCAAGGCCCAAGGCUACGAAGCCGGCAGUUCCGAGGACGAGAAACUGCCAACAAACGAGUCCAAAACCGACUGGGACGAGGGCAAAAAAUCCGAAGUCCAGAAUAACGUGGUGCAGAAUUCCGAUCUACCGUUCAAGUGCCAUUUGUGCGAUGGCUCGUUUGGGGAGCGUCAAGAUGCAUUGGACCACAUCAAGGACAAGCAUUACGCAGAGUACGACCUGCUAAUGUCCAAAAAUGCGCUAGAUAACAACGCCACAACCCCCGAAGAAGGGGGCCACCAUGAGGACGAGGAGAACGACAUGAGGGGGAAAUUCCCGGAUUAUUCCAACAGGAAGGUGAUUUGCGCCUUCUGCAUGCGUCGCUUCUGGUCGGCGGAGGAUCUCAGAAGGCACAUGAGGACCCACACGGGGGAGCGCCCCUUCAGCUGUGACAUAUGCCGGCGCAGAUUCACCCUCAAGCAUAGCAUGUUGCGCCACCGAAAGAAACACAACGUGAACUUCGACAGCGAAAUCGUCGGAAGCGACGACGAUAACAACGCCCCAAAUUUCGCAAAAACGGAAAAUAACAACACCCAGAAAGAGGAGUCGGACGGGAACGAGGGUAGCGACUUGAUUAGUAAGUUAUUAGGGAUCAGGGAUAGGUCUAUAAUUGAUAAGGUUCUGACGGCGUCUGCCGACGACGCCGCCAAGCUCCUAGGAGUCAAAAACGGGGAGAAAGAAUAGUCUAGUGUGCUUGUGUAGAUUAUUUAUUUAUUUUGUAAAUUUUGUACCUUUUUAGGCUUGUAAACACUGCGUCUAGUCAGGUUAUGUAAAAACGAAGCAAAUGAGUAUAGACUAGUGAUGAUGUGUAUAAAACUUCAGUUGUAAGCGUAAAUUAAUUAAUAUAUUUUUGUACAUAACAAAUAUGAUACGGUCUAGAAUACCAAAUAAUCAGGUUAUAACCGGCGGUUUUGCAAAAACCGGCGUUGGGUUUUGACUUCGAAUAAUGUGUCUUAAUAUUGCCUUAGUAUUAAGUCACUGUAAAGUAAGCAAUAUGUUUGUAUGGAGCGCACCCGCCAAGCUGGGGCUUGAUUUUGUACGGAUAGAACGACACGUUUUUAUUUCUUGUUGCACUUAUUGAUUAGUAUUGUAUUAUUCACAUUCACGCUGUGUCUUAAAAGUAUUUACGGCUUGCGGUGCGAUGGGACGUCGCACUCACGGAGCAUUUUAGCAAUUUGAAAGCAAUGAGAGUGAAUUAGUGUUAUUACAGAUUUGAUGCUUUAAAAAUGUCUUUAUUGUAAUACGUUCUCGUUUUCCAUCGAUUUUAGGUAUGCCAUAUUCCUGUAGAGUCUAAUGUACUUAAGUUAGUGUAAAAUGACAUAUUAUACCUAUUAUAUUUGUUUGAAUAAACCUUCAUUUCAAUAAAUGAUAAUGCUCAUAA